AUGAAUAGCCCAUUGCAAGAAGAAAUCUUAGAAUUACAAUGGCAUACAUUAUUUUGUGGCGACAAUAUAGAAAGAUCUUCGUUAUUACAACAAAGGUCUAGUUUACCUACCUCUUCACCUUCGAUAAAAUCUCCUUAUACUAGUUUAACAGUAAACAUUCAUGGUGAUGAUAAUGAUAAUGUCAUUACAGAUUUUGACAGUGAUAUCAAUAACAAUGAGUCAGCUAAUUUAAUGGGAAAAGAUAGUUUCAAUUUAAAUUUACCAUUACUUAUAAGUGUUAUACAUGCCGGAAUGCAUUCUAUUAUAUCUUUUGUUUUAAUGAAUGAUAUUUUACCAUUUCUUUAUGAAAGAAAAAAAGGAAAAUCAAUAUCAAUGCAUAGCUAUGUCACUAGAAUUCCAUGUGCUGUGGCUGCUGGAUUGGAAAUAUGUAUGGCUAAUGCAUCUCUUGUAUAUGUGACACUCAGUUUUUAUACUAUGGUAAAAUCAUCUACACCAAUUUGGGUUUUGCUUUUUGCAUUUUUAUUUCAUUUAGAACAACCAAGAAUUUUGCUUAUAUUGAUAAUAGCAGUGAUAAGUAUAGGUGUGAUAUUGACAGUAGCAGGAGAAACAAAAUUUGAUCUUAUAGGGUUUUUAUUAGUGUUGAGUGCAGCAAUUAUUAGUGGUUUGAGAUGGACAUUGACACAAAUAUUGUUGCAAAAAGAGGAAGGAAUAGAUGAUCCAAUUUCAACACUUUAUUACAUCUCACCUGUAAUGUUUGCCUUGAUGCUUAUUCUUUCUUUAAUAUUCGAAAAUCCUUUAUUCGUCUUUAGUACUUCUAUGCAUUUCCAAGAUUUUACAACUAGCUUACAAACAUUUGGUUUGGUGCUAAUAGGUGGCUUGCUAGCCUUCUGUAUGACUGUGGCUGAAUUUGCUUUAAUCAAAAAUACAAGUACUGUCACACUAUCUGUAGCUGGCAUUAGCAAAGAAGUGCUUAUAAUCACUCUUUCUGUCAUUAUUUAUCAUGAUGUAAUGACUUCUAUAAAUUUAUUGGGGCUUGUAAUUUCAAUUUUUGGAAUAGCAGCAUAUAAUUACUACAAAUUACAUAAAUCAACUGAUACAAAUCAUUAUCAAUCAUUGCCAUUAAAAUCUUCAUCAAUAGACAAAUAG